CCCUUUUACAUUUGAAACCGAAACUUGAAAUGCCUCUGAAUUGGCCAAAAACAUCUUCUUCACAUGUUUUUUUAACUAUAUUCUCCCCCUCAACACCUUAUCACUUUUGAUCAUCAUCCACACAUCAUCUUCCAUUAUCAUGUAAAACAAUAGCAAAACCUUAAAACACUAACAAACCCCUUUCUUUUAUUUUAUUUAUUAUUCUCUUAUUUAUCAACUCUUUCACCCUUCAUGGUGCCCUCUGUCAGCAUCACCAGUUGAGAGCCACUAGCUUUACUUUCAAGUGAUUCCCAUAUCUGCCAGCAUGCUCUCUCUCUUCUCUCAAACUAUAGUUCUCUUUUUAUUUUUAUUUUCAGCUAAACCUCUGAUUCCUCUAAUCUCUUCUCACUCUUUUCCAUUUUUCUUAAAGAUUUCAUCUUUCACUUUUGCUUGAUAAGUAAUCGAAAACAAAAGUGAAACUUUUUUCCACGUGGGUGAGCAAGUGUAAACCCAACUUAACAAGUUGUUCCCUUUCUCUUUGUUGAAGUAUUCCCAUAAUUAAGAUAUUGAAAAGUGAACACUGGUGUGUUAAGUGGAGGCAUCUUUUUCCUGUGACCCCUCAAGCUUUUGCUUUCUCCCUUCGGUUCCUUUCAAUUGGCCUCCGUUUGGGUCUGUGGUGAGUUUUUAUUCCUCCUGAUAACCAGAAAUAUUCUGAAUUUGUAAUUUUUGGCGGCGAGGUGUUCUGAUUCAUCAUUUAGCAUCAUCAUGAACCUGGUUUUGCUCGUGUCCAUCUUUGUUUUUUGCGUUCAAACAUCCUUAGAAGGGGCUUCAAGGCCUGACGUUGUGAAUGUUGGAGCAAUAUUCUCAUUUGGAACUAUUAAUGGGAAAGUUUCAAAGAUUGCGAUGCAAGCUGCUCAGGAUGAUAUUAAUUCUGAUCCCAGCAUCCUUGGUGGAAGGAAACUUGUUAUAAAAAUGCAUGAUUCCAACUUCAGUGGAUUCCUUGGCAUCAUGGGAGCAUUGCAAUUCAUGGAGACUGAUACUGUGGCUAUAAUUGGUCCACAAAAUGCCGUGAUGGCCCAUGUAAUCUCUCAUCUCGCCAAUGAACUCCAAGUCCCAUUAUUGUCAUUCACAGCUCUUGAUCCAACCCUGUCACCUCUUCAAUACCCUUUCUUUCUUCAGACAGCACCAAAUGAUCUAUUCCAGAUGACUGCCAUUGCGGAGAUGGUUAGUCACUAUAGUUGGGAAGAGGUAAUAGCAAUUUAUAGUGAUGACGAUCAGAGCCGAAACGGUGUAACUAUAUUAGGUGAUAAGCUUUCUGAGAGACGCUGCAAAAUUUCCUUCAAAGCAGCACUUCCCCCUGAUCCAACAGCCACUGAAAGUGAUGUUGAAAAGGAAUUAGUUAAGGUUAGAAUGAUGGAAUCUCGAGUGCUUGUUCUACAUACCUUCUCCAAAACAGGUCUCUUGGUUUUCAAAGUGGCCCAGAGACUUGGGAUGAUGGAUACUGGAUAUGUUUGGAUAGCUUCAUCUUGGCUAUCAACUGUUUUAGAUUCGAAUUCACCGCUUCCUUCGAAUACUUCAAAUUCCAUCCAAGGAGCUCUCACACUUCGCCCACACACACCAGAUUCCAAAAGAAAAAGGGAUUUUAUAUCUCGGUGGAACAAGCUGAGUAACGGCUCUAUUGGAUUGAAUCCUUAUGGUUUAUAUGCCUAUGAUACAGUUUGGCUGAUUGCCCGUGCCGUAAAAUUGUUCUUGGAUCAGGGCAAUACCAUUUCAUUCUCCAAUGAUUCAAGCUUAAAUAGUCUAGCAGGAGGGACUCUGAAUUUAGGUGCAUUGAGCAUAUUUGAUAGAGGGAAGCGGUUCCGUGAUCUCAUACUGCAAAGCAAUAUGACAGGUCUGACUGGUCCAAUUCAUUUUCUUCCUGACAGAUCCCUCUUACAUCCUUCAUUUGAUAUAAUUAAUGUAAUAGAACAUGGGUACCAGCAAAUUGGUUACUGGUCCAACUAUUCUGGGCUGUCUGUGGUGCUACCAGAGAUACUUUAUGCAAAACCACCUAAUCGUUCUAGUUCGAGCCAACAUUUAAACAGUGUGGUAUGGCCUGGGGGAACAACAUCAAGGCCUCGUGGUUGGGUCUUUCCAGACAAUGGAAGACAAUUGAGAAUUGGAGUCCCAAACCGAGUUAGUUAUAAAGAUUUUGUUUCUGAAGUCAAUACUUCUGAUGUAGUUAAAGGAUAUUGCAUAGAUGUAUUCAUUGCUGCUAUAAAAUUGCUUCCAUACGCAGUUCCACAUAGAUUCAUUCCGUUUGGAGAUGGCCAUAAUAACCCAAGCUACAACGAACUCGUCAGUAAAAUCACAACUGGGGUCUUUGAUGCUGUUGUGGGUGACAUUGCAAUUGUAACAAACCGAACAAGGACUGUAGACUUCACCCAGCCAUAUAUAGAGUCAGGCCUGGUUGUGGUGGCCCCAGUAAGGAAGUUGAAUUCGAGUGCUUGGGCUUUUUUGCGCCCCUUUACUCCAUGGAUGUGGGCAGUCACCGGAAUUUUCUUCCUUAUUGUGGGAACAGUUGUUUGGAUCCUUGAGCAUAGAAUAAAUGAUGAAUUCAGAGGGCCUCCUAAGAGACAACUUGUCACAGUUCUAUGGUUCAGCUUUUCUACAAUGUUUUUCGCCCACAGGGAAAACACUGUAAGUACACUUGGUCGCUUGGUGUUGAUCAUCUGGCUAUUUGUAGUCCUGAUUAUAAACUCAAGCUACACUGCGAGCCUGACAUCUAUCCUCACAGUGCAACAGCUUUCUUCACCCAUUAAAGGAAUUGAUACCUUGAUUACCAGUAAUCAACGUAUAGGAUUCCAAGUUGGGUCUUUUGCAGAAAACUAUCUGCAUGAGGAACUCAGCAUUCCAGAAUCUAGACUUGUUGCUCUUGGCUCACCUGAAGAAUAUGCCCUCGCUCUUCAGAAUGGAACUGUUGCUGCUUUAGUUGAUGAACGACCAUAUGUGGACCUCUUCCUUUCAGACCACUGCGAGUUUUCAAUUAGAGGUCAAGAAUUCACGAAAGGUGGCUGGGGAUUUGCAUUCCCAAGAGACUCUCCAUUAGCAAUUGAUAUGUCAACCGCAAUUCUCACUCUAUCUGAGAAUGGUGAACUUCAGAAGCUCCAUGACAAGUGGCUGUCAAAGAAGUCUUGUAGUUCACAGAGCUCUCAGGCUGACUCAGAACAGCUUGAAUUAGGAAGCUUCUGGGGGCUAUUCCUAAUAUCUGGGAUUGCAUGUUUUAUUGCUCUCGUCAUAUACUUCUGUUUGAUGCUACACCAGUUCAAACGGUAUGGCCCUGAAGAAACUGAUUCUUCUGUACGCAGCAGCUCUCGUUCUGGACGCCUUCAAACAUUUUUAUCAUUUGCUGAUGAAAAGGUGGACAACGUGAAGAGUAAGUCAAAGAGAAAACGCGAGGAGCUGUCAUCGAAUGGUUUUGGGAAGGAAACUGAAUCACCAAACGGAUCUGAGAGAAGAAUACAAAGGGAUAUCUCUCUGGAAAGACAGUCUUACAGAAAUACUGGGGCAAAUUAGCCGCCGGGUUUGCUUUUGUGUUUAUGUAGAGAUUUCCAGAUUCUGAUUGUCACCUGGAGUGGCUAUGUUGUAGGUUUUAUCAGCUGCUUUAAUGGUCCAUACAAAGUGUAAUGUUCAGUGUAGGAGAUGAUAAGUAUGAUGAUGACACAGGGUCUCUGUAACAUUUUUACUUGACAAAAUAUAGAAUCUCUUCAGCCAAAAUUCUGUAUUAUAUAAAAAUUAAAAAUCUUUUCCUUGA